CCUACUCUGAGAUGUCAACAGUCAACACAUCGGACAACAAAAUACAAAAUACUUUUUUAGUAAAUAAAAUAUUAAUAUUGUAUUAAAACCAUUUAUAAAAGUAUGGUGUAAAUAAAACAAGGAAAUACCAUGUCUGAUCAAGUAGAAUUACUAUUUUUUGAUACCUUUGCUCACGACAAUACUGAGGAAAUUAACUUGGACCUGGUGCAAUUUCCUAAACCUGUCUACGUCAUUGAAGUGAGAAUUAUUCCUCUAGGUGCAAGAGUUCAAGCGGAUUUUCCUGGUGGAGUGAGAUUAGGAGCUACAAAUCCUAGCCAGUUCGAUAUUGAGUUUUUUGUAAAUGACUUGGGCAAACCAGGGGCUAGUACCUUUGAAACAUUAGGAGGGUUUAAGUAUGAUCAGAAUGGAUGUAUUAAUUUAGAUUGUGCACCUAAUGAAAACAUCAGAAAGAUACCUACAGAUGGGUUAGUUUUAAGAGGAUGGUACACUACAAUAACUCUUGCUGUAUACGGUACCCUUACCAACAAUAUUACAGAACCAAUAAUUCAACCUGUAGUCAACCCAGCUCUAACCAAUCAACCAAAUACUAUUGCAGAUGCACAACAAAUUUGCUCGGCUUCACCCAUAGAUGCUGAAUGGUCCCAGGAUAAUAGUAUUAGUAUUACCCCCAUCCCUAUAGAUUAUACUGCUCAACAGGCUGUGACAUAUCAACAGUUUACUCAACCUGAACAAUAUGUUCAGGAGUUUGAUUAUUAUACAGAGGUCCCUAAAGAUCCCCGAAGUUAUCACCAUACUCCUGAUACUGAUUGGGAUAAGGGAAGAAAUAGGGAAGGGGAGAGAGAUCAUGGAAGAGAUUUACAAUUUCCGAAACCUGCUGCAGAACGUGAACACAAUCGAGUAGAAAUUGAUCGUAGAGAUCGAGAAAAACGAUUUUCUCGGUCAGAGAGCAAAGACAGAGACAGACAAUCCCGAGAUUACCGUGAUAUCGAAAGGGAACCAGAUCUUAGUUGGCCUGAACAUGAACUACCAGAAUAUCGUUUAGAGAGAACCGACCAUGAUUGGAAUGAAAGAGAGAGACCACACGAAAGAGACAGGGAUAGAUCAUAUAAUAAACAUGAAGAUAAUUACAGAAGAUCUUAUAACAGAAAUGAGGAAAGAGAAAGGGAAGAUAGGAAAAGACCUAGAACCCCACCAUGUCAUUCUCCAAAAAGACCACACACACCUCAAAUUCAAGAACCUAUAGAAGCUCCUAAAGAAGAAAUUCCAGUAACAGUAACAGAAGAAUUGGAUAAUAAAUUACCAGACGAUCAAAUAAAAGGCAGUCCAAUCAAGGAACAACAAAAUGAAGAACCUCCUCAACUUGAUAUAGAAGAAUUUGAACCAAUCCUAAGUGAUGAAGAUAUCUUAGAUGACAAUGAUCACUAUCAAGAUAUGGAAUUUGAUUACACAGCUUACACAAAUACUGAUGAUAUAAUAAAACUAUUUACACCUGGUGUUACAGAGCUACAAAAGUAUCCCAAGAAAAGACGAUUUUAUAUUAAAGAUAACACUGUAGAAAUCGAAAAUGGUUUCAAAAUUUCAAUAGGCAUAGCUGAUGAUUACUUCAAAUCUAGCAUUACAAAAUAUGAUAUUAACACUUUUGUGAAUCUAAAUACUGAACUUAAGGAAGAAUUUGUUCACUUAUGUGAGAAGGUUAUAAGCAUAAUAGGAUCUCCUAAAUCCUUCUGCAAUGUUGUCAAAUUAUACAUAGAUAUGAAAUCCAUGAAUAUUCAAAAUUUGUCUUCAGAAGACAAGGAAUUAACAGAACAAGUACAUUUUAUUAUAACAACUGUUGUGGAUUGGUUAAUAGUAGCUGUAAAUUAUGACUUAGCUAAUUUACAAAACCAACCUACUUAUAAAAUAAGGCACUUAAAAUGUGGUGUUAGAUUAGCAGAUUAUUGUUGCACGAGCAAUGAGUUUGUAACACUCUUAUGGCAAAAUGAUUUUAAUCUUCAUAAACAGUUGCUAUAUUUAUAUGAACAAGAAUUCAUGGCAUUAUCUAUUAAAUUGAUGAUCAUCAAGGCAUUGGAUACUUAUUUACAUCACAAAUUGGCUGUAGAAAAAUUUUUAUGGAACAAUAAUAUCCAAAAUGGUGGAGAUAAUACACCAAUAAUGGAAUCUGAAGGUUAUAUAACUCUAAUAAACUAUAUUCGGAAUAAUCCAUUAGUGAGAGUAAAAUUCGCACUCACCUCUAUUGUCAAAAAGUUGAAUCUUUAUGAAAUACUGCACAAAUUAAAUUCUAUUCUUAUUAAGUUACGAGAUGCUUCAUAUGACAUACCCCCAGAGGAAAUAAAUCUGGUUACAAAGUCUUUAAAUGAAAUUUUGAAUUACUGUCGCAUAGGACCGUUUGUUUUAUCACAACCUAAAAGAUUUUUACCAGUAGCUUCUCAAUUUGAAAUAUUAAGAGACCACAAUGAUAGUAUUCUCAUUGAUUACUUUAAAAUGUUUAACUUAUUGCAGUGUUUUCUCUUAUUUCUUACUUAUCCAAGCACCAUGAAUUUGCCGUUAAUUAAGGCACCUAUUUACGAAGUAAUUUCGACAUUUCUAAAUGAUCAUGAGGGAGUACAAUUUCUUUCUGAAAAUAUAGAAACUAUUAAUGUUAUGUUAAAGUGUCUUUUAAAGACAGAAGAGGAAAUUCAAUAUGAUAAUUUAGAUUUAAAAUCUUAUAAUUUGGGAUUGAAAGUCGCCUUUAAACUGCAAGCUUUGUAUCAUAUCGAGUUACUUUUAAAUAAGGGGAAGGAUGUGAACUAUGAUCUGGACGCCCUAGAAGUUAUUGAUAAUUUACAUGCUUUGUUUUGCUUAACUUUUCCUGCCUAUGGUAAAUUAGCUGUUGCUGAAACUUUAGGUUUAGAAAGUAAUAUGCAGUGUAUUUUACAGUUCCUAGAUUUUAUUUUUUCCAAGGACAAACCGGAUGUGUUGCUUUUGCGUGUUAAAAAUUCUCCGGCUCUUGGAUAUAUCGUUGAUCUGAUAUUUAUAGCUGUUACUCUAGUUCCAAAUAUACCUCUCUUAGAAAGGCAUUCCAGAAUAUUGUCUCAUUUUGUUAAUCUGCAUGACUUAUUUGAAGAAAAUGAAUGUAAUAAAUUAACCGAAUUGAAGUAUUAUUUGCUGCCAUUUGACAAUAUUAGUACUCUUAAGUAUGAUAAUAUUUCUACAUUUGUAGAUAUUAUUGUUAAAAAUAUGGAGAAUUUUCCACAUAACUUGGGUCCUAUUAUUACCUCAUUAAGAAUAAUUGGACAUUUAGGAAUAUGCCCAUUUUCUUCACAAGGCCUAUCAGAUAAUCAUCUAUCACAUUACGUAGAAUUAAAAUACAAACACGUUAUAUUACAAUUAUUUUCUUUAGAUGGAACAUCGGUAAUUACUAAAUUGUUACAAAAGAUUUGCGAGUAUUAUGAACAACCCAGUAUUCACUCUUCAAUAAUAGUAUCAUCUCAAGGUUGGAUCUUAGUAAACUCCAUCAAACCCUCAAUAUUAUUGUUGAAACAAAUGCUGUCCUAUGUGAUACAGUGUCAAAAUACAAAUUUUAGAGAUCUCACUGCUAUUCCAAUACUUCUGCAAACAUAUAAUCUACUAAAUAACUUCCCUAGUAGUUCCCCAACUUACAUGCAAGCCCAAGAAAUUAAAGCUAGCAUUAUAGACACUCUUUUAGUGUACACUCAGCCUGUAUCUGAACAGGUGAAUGAAAAAGAUUCUUUGACGAAAACUUUAUGGACACAAAUGGUUGGGGAGGUUAUUAAAUACAUUACCUCUGUACCUCAUACUUUUGUAUCUGGUUUGUUAAUAUUUUCAGAACUGUUACCUUUACCUCUUCCGGUACAAACUAGAGAUGAUCUGUCUGAUGAAGAAAUAUCUUGGAUAAUAAGUCUUAGAAAAUUAUGGUCUGCUCACUUGCACCCACAUAGUACUAAUAUUCAAGAUAUGGUUAAUAAGUUAUGUAUAUCAACACAACCUCAGUUACUUAAUUUGUUAAGGAGAAUUUGCGUUCAAAUAGCUGAUUUGGCAGCUAAUUCAGCCAUUAUGAUUACAAGAGGAGUUUUAGAUAACGUUUAUGAUGCAUUGAUACCGAAAGAAAAUGCCAAACUAGCACCUUGCAAUCCCCAUUUAGCUAGAUUGUUAAAUUUCUUAGCGUGUUUAGUUACACAAAAUACUAUUAAAUGUGCUGCAUUGCAUUUAAUACACUCAAAUAGCACAGUUACUUCGAAAACUGAAGAAAGAUAUGUCAACUUAAUACCUGCUUUUGGGCAGAUAUUAAAAAUUAAUUCUACUACUAAUAGUCAUAUACAAGCACAAGAGUGUAUCUUGAGCAUCAUACAAAGUUUUUCAGAUAUUGAGAUAACUUUAACUCAAACUGGUGGAGAUGGUAAAUGUAUAUCUUCUGAUCAGUAUUUAGCCAAUGCUUUGCCUAUCAAGGAACAUCUCUUGGGGUACAUACAGAUGAUAGGAGAACACCUCUGCUCAGAAAAUUCCUUCGUCACCUAUUUGCCAAUAGUGAGAACAAUGUUAUUGUUAACAGAACAUGAUUACGGGUUUGUGUAUCUCAGGGAAUAUUUACUUAAGAAAAACGAUUUUUCUAUGUUGUUAAAUAAGUUGGCUGGAAAUUUUUUGAAAGAUAAUGCGGAGUGUUUGUCUACGUUGAACACUUUGGUCGAAUUUUUGAGGGUUUGUGUAACUACCGAAGAAGAUACUGAAGGAAAUUUAUUGUAUAGUCUAAGAAAAAUUAAACUGCCUUUGAGCGAAUUAAAAACAUUGGUUGGAUGGCCUGCUACAGAAGAAGCUGAUAGCCAUGCCCUGCUGAAGCUAGAGAAAAUUUUAAAGGAAACGGUUGAAGAAAACAACACAUUUGAAAGCUUCUUGGAAGGACUAUCGGCUUUAAUAAAAUUAUUAGAUGACGAUACAUCUUCUGAUAUUAAGAAUGAAGAAAAUAUCGACAUUAAUCUACCUGCGCCUGAAAGUUUGUUGAGUCAAUUUUCACAGCGUAUGGUAUUUAGUUCUUCAGAUGCUUGUGAUGAAAGAUUGACAACAACUUAUUGGUUAGGACUACCGUCAGAUGAAGCUGAAAAUGAUUUAGAACAUGUGUCAUGUGAUUUAAUAGAAGUUUGUAGACAAAAUUUGAGACCUGACUUUAAUCUUGUUAAAGAAAUAGAGAGACUAUGUAGGAUUUCAAGAAUUGAAAAUAUAGAUGAUAGAAUCAAAAAAAUGGAAGAUGAGGACAUAAAAAUAAAGAAACCUUUUGUUCCUCCUUUGAGACAAAGAGGUUUUCCAAGAAAUGUACCUCAAAGACCUGACCUCUUUAGAUCUAGACCUCCAAAUACUUCUCGUCCACCCUCUUUGCAUGUAGAUGACUUUGUAGCUUUGGAAACUUGUGGAGCCCAACCAACUGGUCCAACUGGUUACAAUAAACUCAGUAGAGACAUGCUAGCUUCAACUAGGAUAUCUAGAGGUACUAGGGGCAGAGCAUUUGUCACAUCAGAGAGAUCAAUGCAAUACAGGCAAAUGCCUUGGUGGGGAGCUGGCCUCGGACGAGGACCUUAUUAAGAUUUUAAUUUUAAAAUAUGUUCAUUUGUUGCAUUUUGUAGAUUUUUUCAUUACUAUUAUUGUAAAUAUUGAUAAGGAACCAAUAAAAACUAAACCAAAAAUACCACACACUAAUAGUAUCACUGUUGUUGGGAUAUAUUCUUCUAGAGGAUCAUGUUCAACUGGUAAAAUAGGCCAUAUUAACAAAUGAAAAAACAUGUAGAGCAAAAAUAUCGAACCAAAUGUAAGUUGAAUAAUCCCUUGAGUAUGAUCAGAUAUUGCCAUUAUUCAUCAAAAUAUUCUGCUUCAAACUUCUUAAAAUCUUCUUCAGUAAAUGCAGUCUUCUGUUCUUUACGGUUUUCACUUGCCUUUACAGGUCUUCUGCUUACCGCUCUGUCAAUUAUCUAAAAAAAAGGAAGAAAAAUUAACAAGCUUCUACUCAAAUGAACACAAACAAAU